AUGAUUAAUACAGAUAAGAAACCUUUCAAAUGUACAGAAUGUGAGAAAAGCUUCACAUGUAAUUUGCAUCUCCUUGAACACCACACAGUUCACACAGUUGUGAAACCUCACCUGUGUACAGAAUGUGGGAGAUGUUUCACAUCUAAAGGAAGCCUUAAGUGUCACAAAAAGACCCACACAGGGGAGAAACCUUUCACAUGUAAUGAGUGUGGGAGAUGUUUCACAUCCAAGGGAAAUCUCAUAUCUCAUGAAAAGACCCACACAAGGGAGAAACCUUUCAUAUGCAAUGAGUGUGGAAAGUGUUUUACAGAAAUGAGUAAUCUGAAAAGUCAUGAAAUGAUUCACACAGGAGAAAAGCCUUUCACAUGUACAGAGUGUGGAAAAAGUUUUACACAAAUAAGUCAUCUGAAAAAUCAUGAAAGGAUUCACACAGGGGAAAAGCCUUUCACAUGUACAGAGUGUGGAAAAUGUUUUACACGAGUGGAUUUAAAACAAAAUCAUGAAAGGAUUCACACUGGAGGAAAGCCUUUCACAUGUACAGAGUGUGGGAAAUGUUUCACAUCCAAGGGAAGUCUCAUAUAUCAUGAAAAGACCCACACAGGGGAGAAACCUUUCAUGAAAACUCAUGAAAUUAUUCACACAGGGGAAAAGCCUUUCAUGUGUGCAGAGUGUGGGAAAUGUUUCACUUCUAAAGGAAGCCUUAUGUAUCAUAUAAAAACCCACACAGGGGAGAAACCUUUCACAUGUAAUGAGUGUGGGAAAUGU